AACUUUCUUUAAAAUCUCAAUAUGUGCUUUCUUCCUGAAAGCAAAACCGACUCGUUGGUAAUUUGGUUUCGAUGAAGUAAUACCAAUAUUGACUCAAUAGAAUGCCGCAGGAUGAUCGUGGUGGCAACGGCGUCGGCACGGUUUCGUUCCGGCACGCGUCCGGCCAGUCGGACUCCCAGGACGAGGACGAAGCCAUCAGGAUGCUUAUGAAGCCCCAUGUAGUACAAUCGCUCCUCUGGCAAACGGCCAGGCCGCGCAGAUCGCUAUGCGGUAUUGUUUUACCGGUGGCGUUCGAUAGGGCGGCCGAAGGAACGUUCCUGGAUCCGAGAUUCGAUUCCGAGAUCUUGGAAGGACAGUAUAGAGCCAGCACGUUUCCGCAGAUCAGGAUACGAUUCAGGUCAGUGGAUAAGAAAUUUUAA